AUGAAGUUGAUCAGGAAAGAGUUCGUCAAAGACGGAGCCGGGACUGUGACGAUGGUGCCCGAAGAAGAUGAGGAUAUGUGGCACGCGUAUAACCUCAUCCAAGAGGGCGAUCUGCUGCGCACGUCGACCCUCAGAAAGGUCACAUCAGAAAGCGCUACCGGUUCUACCAGUAGUUUCAGAGUACACAUUACGCUUACAGUCGAGGUGGAAAGUAUCGAUUACGACAGCGCAUCUGGCAUGCUGCACGUCAAAGGCAAAAAUAGGGAAGAAAACCAGUACGUCAAACUUGGCGCCUAUCACACUCUUGACCUGGAAAUGAACCGCAAAUUCUCGCUGACCAAGGCUUGCUGGGACAUCGUUCACUUGGAGCGCAUCGAAACUUGUUGCGACGUAGCCCAGCGGGCGGACGUCGCCGCUGUAGUCAUGCAAGAAGGCCUGGCGCAUAUCGACAUUAACAUCCCGCGCAAACGUAAGGGCAACGUCACUCAGCACGAGAAGGGCCUUCUGAAGUUCUUCGACGCCGUUAUACAGGCGAUCAUCCGUCACGUGAACUUUGACGUCGUCAAGUGCGUCAUCCUCGCGAGCCCCGGCUUCAUUAGAGAAGAGUUCUACAACUACAUGUUCCAGCAAGCAGAUAAGGAAGGCAACAAGGCAUUGUUGGAAAACAAACCUAAGGUAAUGAAAGUGAUACGGAAUUUGUUUGGUUUAAAAUGCUUGGUCAUAUAUCUGGAAAAAGCCACGUGUACGAUUCAAACGGUGCUUGUUAGCAUUGUGAGAGUUAGCAAGGGAAAAGGUUAAAU